UCAAUCAGACCUAUAAACCCUAAUUUCUUCGCGCGCGCUAAAGUGUGUCAUCGGUAGGGUAUCAACUCCUCAGCUCAUCUCGCCUCCUCUCAUCUCCAUACAGUGAAAGUACAACCUUGGGAAAAUGGCGUUGGGUAUGAUGAAGCCUAUGAAGGCUGGAUUGGAAGAACCACAGGUGCCCCUUAAUCGCAUCAGAAUUACUCUGUCUUCCAAGAAUGUCAAGAAUCUUGAGAAGGUCUGUGCUGAUCUUGUGCGUGGAGGAAAGGAUAAGGGGCUAAAAGUCAAGGGACCAGUAAGGAUGCCUACCAAAGUUUUGCACAUCACUACUAGGAAAUCUCCAUGUGGAGAAGGAACAAAUACAUGGGAUCGCUUUGAACUCCGGGUUCACAAGAGAGUGAUUGAUUUGGUUAGCUCUCCUGAGGUUGUGAAGCAGAUCACGUCCAUCACCAUUGAGCCCGGUGUCGAGGUUGAGGUCACGAUCGCUGAUACUUAGAUCUGAAAUCCUAAAAUCCCAUGAACUAUAUAAACUUGUGUAGUUGAGGUUUCUAGUGUUGUGGAUCAUAUGCCGAGUUGGUAAAAGAAAUUUUCCUUUUCUUUGAUGCUCUUGGGUAUUGUGGGAUGUAUUCAAAACGUAUAGUCACCAGAUGAGUUUAUCCUCUGGUUUGAAUUUUUGCUGGUUUUAUUUGCUAGGGACCUUUGAAUUAUCAUUUGGAAUUUGCAUACCACUUUGAUUUUAAUAUUUUAUAGGUUGACUUGGAUUAAUAUGAUUAAUAUGUUACUGAUUUUUAUCUGCUAUGUUAAGGCAGUUUUGGA